UUUUCUGAUUUUUACUGGCUGACUUGGAUAAAAUGAAAGACGAGCAUUCUCCGUUUUAGCAAGCACGGACGUUUAUUUCACAAUGCCCUGAAAAAACGUCAAGAGGAUUAAAAGUUUGCGGACGGUUGCCUUUUAUUUGUUAUUUAUCUGUUUUUUGCCGCCAGCACUCAGGGAUUCCGUGUUUUAACUUUAAUACAAGAGCACCGCGGUCAAUAUUUGUCUAAGGAGUCGUCUCGCGUGGUCUACGUGUUAAUAGAAAAGCGAAGCGAAACGAGAACAAGCGCAGACGAGGGAAGAUCGAGAGGUUGAGAAGCGAUCAAGAGCGCUGAAGAAGGAGAGAGCUCGAGAUCUGGACGGAACCAGGUGGCGGCGACAUGGCUGUUUCUCCAGUAAUCCUCGGCCCCAGUGAGGUCUCCGCUCUUCUGCGAAGUGAGGACCUGAUCCCUCGCCUAGAGGAGGCACUUGUGAGGUUUUCCGCAGGGAGCAUAACUCAACCUCUGAGGACCAUCAUCCCGCUGGAAAAGCACAAUGGAUUCUUUCUAGCCAUGCCUGCCUACAGCCCCCAUGACGAUGUACUAGCAACAAAACUUCUGACCUUCUAUCAACGAGAGCCAUCAUCAAGCCAUCCAAACCACAUGUCCAGCAUACUCCUCUUUGAUCCAGCAUGUGGCUCCCUACAAGCUGUCCUGGAUGGUAACGUGAUAACAGUUAGAAGAACGGCAGCAGUUUCUGCCAUUGCCACAAAGUUUCUGAAGCCACCCCAAGCAGACAUUCUGUGCAUCCUCGGGUCUGGACAGCAAGCAGUCGGCCACUAUGAGGUCUUCAUGGAGAUGUUUUCGUUUAAAGAGGUCAGGGUCUGGAGCAGGACCAAGACAAACACAGAGAAGUUUGCAAGGACCGUCAGAGGGCCUGUCCGUGUGUGUGACUCAGUGAAGGAGGCGGUCCAAGGAGCUGAUGUUAUCGUCACUGUCACCAGAUCGAUGGAGCCUGUGCUGUUCGGUGAAUGGGUGAAGCCAGGGGCGCACAUCAAUGCAGUGGGAGCGUGCCGUCCAGACUGGAGAGAAAUGGACGACGAGCUGAUGAAGAAAGCUGUGGUGUACGUGGACAGCCGAGAAGCUGCACUGAAGGAGUCCGGUGAUGUCAUUCUAUCUGGGGCAGAGAUAUUCUCUGAGUUGGGGGACGUGGUGAAUGGGACGAAACCUGCCCUGUCUGAAAGGACGUCUGUGUUCAAAUCCCUGGGUAUGGGAAUCCAGGAUGCUGUGUCUGCCAAGCUGGUGUUUGACCACUGGAAAGCUCGUCCCUGAACAAGUCCAGCUCUCAUCUGGUCCUUAGUCCAAUGAAGGCUGGUGAUGAUGCGCAGAUUAGAUUGGAACACAAAAGCUUCAUUUUUUUUGCAACUCCAAGCAACUCUGAGAACUAUGACUAUCACGUGCAUUAGAGAAUGAUUUAUGCACCAUAAAACUUUACUGUGAUUAAAUCACAAGGCGUUCACUUCCACAAGCUGGCUCACAUUGAGGCAAUGCCAGGAAUACGGGCCUUUAAAUGUUUAGAAGGAAAUUUGUGUCCUGGACGGAAUACUACUUGAGUGAUUAAAGAGCACACGCACACACUAAAA